AUGAUUAUCCGUGCAGCAAGCGACAGUGAAAGCGACAGUGAAAGCGACGUGACGACGGGUUGCAACGCUACUCGGUAUACAUGGUUCGCAACGUGUGGAGCCAUAAUUGUGCUGCUCCUUGUGGACUUGGCAGCCAUCUUCAAUCCUUCCCCCGACGUCUUUGCGCUACUUCCUAUGCUCUUUUACCAGGAGACCAUCAUUUUGCCUCCAGCUGCGUCACUGUUUAAUCAAUUUGUGGGCUUGGCGCUUGUUGCUGUAUGGAUCUACUCGAGAGAAAAGAGUUUGGCCACUGGAGACACGUCGCCAUGGCUUUGCAACACCCGCUACGGACCGUGGACGGUCGGAGCGCUGUUGUGUCUGGGCCACGUGGUGUCUUGUUUCUAUCUUCUGUUUGCGUUGCUGGAGAGCAACGGAGAUCGUUCCAAGUUCUGGCUCGGACGGAAAACUUCCAAGAGGUGCGGGUCUUACGGACGAGUUUAG